UUCACGACGGGCAUCACGAUGUGAUGAUCGAAGAAGUACAGCAUGGCAAAGGGAAAGGCUGGAGAUGGUGCUCCAAACAAGCAUCUCCGCGCCCGAGUGGCUUACUUACACCAAGUCGCCACAUAUCUGACGAGUCAAACUGGCGUGACUGCGAAUCGUGAAAACGAUUCUGCGGCGACGCUCGAAGAUGGAAAUCCAGGAAUACAAGAUAGCGCUCGAACCUCCUCUAUUACUGUCAGGAACAUCAAUGGACGAGGAAAGCCAAAUCUCAUUGGACCAAGCUCAGACUCCAACACCCUUCCGGUUGCUAGAUCAUCGCCCCUCUCCUCCGGAUCAAGACUAUCUUCUCACCUCAAACAAGUCGCCCGAAAAUCUCAAAUCCGUCUGGACCAUAAUACGAAGCAUUCAAUCUGCAAGCGAUGCUCUACUGUUCUCGUCGAUGGAAGCAGUUGUCAAGCAUUCGUGGAGAACCGAUCCAAAGACCAGAAGAAAGCGCACGCCAAUGUCGCGGUGAAGCAGUGUGGAGUCUGCGGUGCACAGAAGCGAUGGCCUGUUGGGGCGACUAGGCAGUCCAAGGCGAGCACGAGGCGUGGAAAUGCUGGAAACGACAAUGCAGACCCAAUGUCUGCGGGCUAGGCGAGUUCUCCCAGCCUUACGCGCGCCAAUGAUAGCCGCGUGAGGGAUAAAAAUUCCCCAUCCUGACGGAUGGACUACUUGGUCAUCACCAGCCGAGAGGCCACGACAUUGCAGUCCAUCAUCGCGGAGUAUCCGAGAUGAGCAGCAUAUUUUCUCGACUUGGAAACCGAGAGAGAGCCGCGAAGCAGUUUUGACUCCUUCCAGUGCGGAGACUUGCCAGCUUCCACGAAGACGCUCCCGUAUGAACUGCGUUGGAGACGAAGGACA